AAGUGACGCUAUAGUUUAUAUUGGUUAGUUUUCUAGCGUGUCUAGAUGUUUUCGGGACCUAUUAAGACAUUUCAGAGGAAAUGGAGAUCGUAUCGACACCGUUUUGUGCCUUGGGUUGUGUUUAACCUUUCUAAAAAUGAGAAAACUCUUCGUCAAGUGACGGAACGCUCAGAAGACAGCCUGAUCUCAGCCGAACAGAUCACGCAGAGUCUUCUGAAGUUCUUCGUUGUCCUGUUGAGGGGUCAUGGAGAACUCCGAGCAUCCACGGAGAAGGACUGUCAACUUUUGGGACAAGAUGCAAUGUUACAAACUCUAGGAUUCUGCAUAGACCGUAGGCCCAGCACGCUGCCUUUCGCUGGAACCGGGGUAUUUGUCGCUAAAGGGGUUAUUCCGAAAGGAACCGUGGUUGCCUUGUACCCCGGCACUGUCUACCAACCAUAUGACCCCAUCCUCCUCCAAUCCAUCAGAAACCCCUUCAUUUUUAGAUGUAUCGAUGGCAUCCUGAUUGAUGGGAGUGACAAAGGCAUGUCCAAGAUGGUGUUCAAGUCAUGCAGUGGAAGAGACAGACUUGGUCCUCUGCUGACCAGUGACACCAGCUGGCUCACUGGGAGUCCGCGGAACCCACUCGCUGUGGGUCAGUAUGUCAACAACUGCUCCAACACGAAGCCCGCUAAUGUUUGCUACCAGGAGUUUGACGUGCCAGACAAGUUCCCCAUCGAGCUUUGGCAGUUUUUGCCAAAUGUCAACUUCAGCCAGGACACGCGCAGGCCUUUACGCUGCGUGGUCCUGGUGUCAUUCAGAGACAUCGCAGAGGGGGAGGAACUCUUCUCCAACUACUACACGAUUGUUCAUUAAAAUAUUCAAAUACUA